AUGUCUGCCACGGCCGACGUAUAUAAGAAUGCAGAUGCAGACGGACAAUUCAGGAGAAAACCUAGCCAGUUUCGUGACGCUAUAUCCAAGGACCCCGAUUCAAAAUUUCCCGCCGAAAAAGAUCGCUACGUUUUGUACAUCAACCUGGGCUGCCCUUGGGCCCAUCGAGCCAACUUAGUUCGCUCUCUUAAGGGUCUUGAGGACGUUGUUCAGUUAGUCAAAUGUGGCUUCGAAUUGACUGACGAAGGCUGGCUAUUCACUGGACAGCAUGGCUCGGAAACCAAGGAUCCGCUGUACGGUUUCACCAAACUGUCCCAGCUGUAUUACAAAGCCGACCCGGAUUAUAAGGGACGCUUCACAGUGCCUACUCUGUGGGACAAAAAGACAGAGACGAUUGUGAACAACGAAAGCAGCGAGAUUAUUCGUAUGUUUUUCACCGAAUUCGACGAUCUUUUGCCUGAACACCUGCGUGAGUCUGGCCAUCCGCUUGGCGGUUAUUACCCAGCGCCAUUACGCAAAGAGAUCGAUGCCAUGAAUGAUUGGGUCUACGAUUCCGUCAACAACGGAGUAUACAAGUGCGGUUUCGCUACCAACCAAGGAGCCUAUGAAUCCAACCUUUAUCCGCUCUUUGAUGCUUUGGAUCGGCUUGAGACACAUCUCGGAGAAUCAGGCCAUUCGCCCUACCUAUUCGGUAAAGGGAUAACUGAGGCUGACAUUCGCCUAUACAGUACACUAAUCAGAUUCGAUGUUGCGUAUCAUAACAUCUUCAAAUGUAAUCUCAAAAUGAUCCGCCAUGACUACCCUAGACUGAGCCGCUGGUUACGAAAUUUGUACUGGGACGCUGGAAAGACUGCCAAUGGACACGCUUUCAAAGAUACCGUAAAUUUCUGGCUGUACAAGUAUGGAUACUUGAAUGCGAAAAGGCGAAGUGAGGGGCUUAAGGCAUCAGAGGAGCAACUAGUAAUUCCAACUGGGCCUGCCCCAGAUAUCUACCCUUUAGACAAAUCCUGA